AUGGCAGCAAACAAAAUCGGAUCUCUCGUGUUCUGCCCCAACUGCGGCACUCUUCUGGACUUGCCCAAAGACGGGGAAACCACCGUCGUUUGUGAGCAGUGCGGCCAUAUCGAGCCUGCAAGCUCCUAUGAAAACACGGAGAUAACGACGCGCUCCGACCCAGACGCCUUCCCGUCCGCUCUGCUCCAGAAACGUAAGACUCAGACAAAACGGCACGAGCAAGGAGAUCAAGGGACACUUGUCUCGGAGAAAUGUCCUUCCUGCGGGGCGCUAGAAGCGUACUCAAAAGAGAUGCAGCUCAGAAGUGCGGACGAGGGCUCAACGAUCUUUUAUACUUGUGUGGCCUGCAAACACGGGUGGAGAGUAAACAACUGA